AACAUCGAUAGAUCGAUGUUACUUCGAUAGUACGAUGUGUCCGACACUAAUUUAAUCGUGUUGAAAUUCACAAAGCGUUUGUAGGAUGUGAAGUCGUGUUUAACAAGUCGUAAAUUUGUCGAGCGAAAUUUAUAAAAAUGGAUCGCAUUCGAAUCUUUGCAGGCAAACAGUUUGUUUCGGGAGGUUUUUACAAUCCGAAUGCAGUUGCGGCUAACCCAUCGGUCGUGCCACCGCUUGUUGGCCCAUCAGCAGCACCUACUUUAGGAUCGCAGCAGCAGGUGGAUCACGUUGAGUCGAUGAAUAUUCCAAUAUUGAGCAAAGACGAGCAAAUGGUCGACGCAAAGGCAAAUGUGCAGGAGGCAACUGGUACUGUCGUCAAAAAUGAAAACGCCUCGGGCUUCUACACCAUGAUGGAAGCUGAUAAUGGUGGAAAAAUACCGUUCAAAAAAAUUUUCCAGAAGCGCAAGAAGUCAUCCGAACGGACACGUGGUAAGAAAUUGCGCCAGAAUCGGCAACUGCGCAAGUCGAUGCUACCCAAGAAUGCUCUAAUGGCCCUGAACGAGGUGAAGGGCAUUAACAUUAGUGACUUUACAAUUAAUAGCAAUCCGGAUGGCGGCUUCACCGCCAUAGUCACCGUUAAUGCCGCGCAGUACGAGGGCAAAGGACAGUCGAAGAUGGCCGCCAAGAAUCAGGCUUGCGAGAAGGCUUUGCGCGAUUACAUAAUAGCCAAAAUGAUGCCACGCUUUAAAAAAUUACACACCGAUGUGGAGACGGAUACCAACGAGGCUGAAAGCACCGAUACUCAACCGGAGGAUGAUGUGCCCAUGCUGAAUUUGGCCUCGUUUGCCAUUUACAAACUUUUCGCCGAAUGGGAGCGAGAGGGAUUUGUUGUGCCCGAAAUGCAUCCAACGGUUGCCAGUACAUCUGUUCAGCCAGUCGAUCCAAAUUCACCAUCUGCGGCUGCUCCAGUCAUUCCAAAGGAGCCAAAGAAGCCGCCCGUACGCACGGAGCUGCCGCCCAACUGGGAGACAAUGCAUCCAGCCACAUUGCUAUGCGUUAUGCGUCCCGGGCUCACAUACAUAGAUGAUGGCACUGUCGGCAACAAGCCAAAUAUAAUGCAGCGCUUGGGAGUCAUUGUAGACGAUGAGGAGUUCGUCGCUACCGGACGUUCCAAGAAAAUAGCUCGCCGCAAUGUGGCUGUAAGUGUUUGCAACACUUUGUUCAACACAAACUUUGUCUACGAGGCAUAAUAUUGCAAAUGUCAGCAACUUAAUCCUUAAUUAGAAGACUACAAACUUGUCAAACACUACGUUACACACACAAGCUUCAGUUGGUUUUAACCUGUAAUUAUAUACAUAAUUUAAUAAAAAGUUAUCGAUAUUAUAAUCUA